AUGGAAGUGGAUCCAAAACUCGCUCAUUUCGUUAGCAUCACAAUUAACGUCGCUGAUAAGAACGACUGGAUUCCAAACUUUGAAAGUGGAUCAUAUGAAUUCGAUGUUAAGGAAGACACUCUUCCGGGGACUAUUGUGGGACAAGUUAAUGCAUUUGAUCAGGAUAGAGGUGGUCUGGAAGCCCAUUUCAAUGUGAAUGCUGAGAAUGGAUUGAUCACUUUGGCAAGGCCUAUUGAGGCAUUCACAGGGGAGAAGAUUACGCUGCGAAUCGAGGGAGCCGACAGUGGACAGUGA